UUGUCUGGCACAACACUGGCAUUGUUACAGCUACUACGACUGUUAUAGGAAAAGUUGGAAUUAAAAAUGGACCUUCCCGACCCCAGAAGAUAUCGCAUACCACAUAAUCGGAAUGGACAUGAGAUGGCGCAGUGAACUUCGUCUCAAGUGAUGAACAAAGGACUCCGUCACAAUGUUAACGGACGAGUCCCGAUUGAACUACUCUGUUACCAACUACAGCGAUCCACCAUUCCUCGAUGAUCCAAGAUUCAUAUCGCUUUUAAAACACAGGGGAUACAACCACAGUGCCAGUUUUGGAGAAGUAUUAAAAGCACUCAAUGAUUGGAAGAGCAGAUACAACAUUUCAGUGUACAAAGAAUGCGACAGGUUCGAGUAUUGCUCUGGAGACUUCAGAGAGUUGAUUUUGGCGUACAACAGUAUUCAUGGAUAUGUCAGUUUGUUGGUUUGCCUGUUCGGCAGUUUAGCCAAUAUUCUCAAUGUAGCAGUGCUGACGCGGCGGGACCUAGCGGCAGUUCCCAUCAACCGGCUGCUGAAGUGGCUGGCGGUGGCCGACGUCUUCGUCAUGAUGGAGUACGUGCCCUUCGCCAUCUACAGAUACCUGUUGCUGCCCGGCCAGCAGGACUACCCGUACUCAUGGGCGGUGUACAUGCUGUUCCACAUGCACUUCACGCAGAUUCUUCACACAGCCUCCAUACUUCUCACGCUGUCCCUCGCUGUGUGGAGGUACCUGGCGAUCAAGUACCCUUCAUACAGCGCGUCUCUGUGCACGGAUCGCCGGUGCACCGCCGCGAUUCUAGCGAGCUUCAUCCUCCCGCCCAUACUGUGCAUACCUUCGUACUUUGUGUUCACAAUCCACAAUGACUUCACUGUGGACCAGUCUGGGACCAUUCCUACGAAGGUGUACUACGUGGACUCAGACUACGAUGGGACUCUGUACCAGAUCAACUUCUGGGUGCAUGGUGUGCUCAUCAAGCUGUUGCCGUGUGUCAUCCUGACGCUGAUCAGUGCUUGGCUCAUUCGGGCGUUGUACCGAGCUAAUAGCAGGAAGAAAGCUUUGAAAGGGUAUAACGCCUGCCCAACUAUAGUGAACGGCAAUGCUAAAAAGAACGUGUUCACAAGGAAGUCUACGAAGAGAUCGAAGGCUGAGCGGCGCACCGACCGGACCACCAAGAUGCUGGUCGCGGUGCUCCUCCUGUUCCUGAUGACGGAGUUCCCGCAGGGUAUAUUAGGUCUUCUAAGCGGAGUGCUGGGGCGUUGCUUCUUCAAGCGCUGCUACGAUCUCUUCGGGGAGAUGAUGGAUGCACUGGCUCUCCUCAACGGGGCCAUCAACUUCGUCCUCUACUGCUCCAUGUCCCGCCAGUUCAGAACCACUUUCGGGCACAUGAUCAGGAAUAGGUGUGCUCCUACACCAAGAGCAAGUUCCACCACAGAACUGCAGACGACUUACGUGUGACUAAAAAAGUGUCGCAGAAGUGUGACGCAGCAUUUUUUGUGAAGUUACCGAUCAAUGUAUGAUACAUUGCAUCCUGUGGGUCUAGACAAAGUGCAAAUUAUAAUUGCAAACCAGUCGAAAAGUUGUCGAAAAGCCCCUUUUUUGUAUGGAGUUUUGACGGAUUCGAUUUUCAAUUCGAUCAAAAAGUGCGUUUUGUCUAAGGGGGCUGGACUUCUAGGAGAAGGCAGAGAGAGCGAACAAUGUAUGUGAUGUAUUUGACAUCACAGUCAGUUUGUUUUUUUGUUCAAAGAGGCCAACGUUAUCGUUUAAAGACUUUUAAGAUUAAAGAGACGGUUUUCAAGAUGUGGAACAUGUAUGUUGAUUGUUUAUACGUAUCUUGUUAUCGUAUAAAGCUUUCAUCCUAGAUAAUGCUCGACUAUUGUAUAUGACAAGCAGGAAAUUGGUGCCGUUCUGAAUCUUUAUGAUAAAGAUUUUAUAUUAUUACUAAGUCUGUCAGGCAUCAGGUAGAUCCAGCUGCGCUGCUUGACAACAAGAAAAUUGUUUUCACUUUUUAAUGGUGGUUGAUAAAUUAAUCUCCGAGUGCUAGUAUUGGCAUUGUUUGAGUAGCCCUGUACAAUUGGAAAUUAUGAAUGUUUAUAAAUAAGGAAAAUUGUAUAAAAUGUCUAAAAUUAAGAUACAAUUAUGGCGUCGAUUGCAAAAUGUUGAUGCGAGUAAAAUAAAAGAAUGUCCGUCUGAUUGAUAAACAAUAAUGAAAUUAACAUUGCUCUCAAGAUACAAUAAAAAUAGGAUCCCGUUUUUACCCUUUGGGUAGGGAACCCUAAAAAGCUUAGUAUGACCACAGUAUGACGCCUGUAGGCGAAGUGUGUCAAGAAGUGUAAAUUGAAGAAAUAAAUUUAUGCUUCGCAACAAAAUAAAGUAAUUGUUCAAUGUAUUACUAAUUUAAUGAUGACGUAUAUUUUUGAUUUGUGCUUUAAAACUGGACUCAAGGAAAUUAAAUGUAAAUUCUUGAUUAUACAGUUUAUUUUG